CGGCUUCAUUCGUGUGCCAUCGUUCGGUCGAGCCGUCUGCCGUUCCCUUGGUGCAUUUUGUUUCCCCGCAAUUUCUAUAUAUUUUGUACACCCAGCCUUUGCUGAAAAUUUUCUCCGCGUGUUGUGUGUAGUGUGUGUGUUUGCGGAGGGUAAAAAAGAACGUUUAUCGUUCCCUUUAUCACCACCGCGGUGGCAUAGAACAAUCGCUCCCUCUCUCUCUCCAAUCAGCCCGCAAGUGGUGGUGGCAGUUCGCUGGCGGUGCGCUGCAGUUUAUCCUUCCUUUCUGCCUGGCCGCGGCAGCCAACUAUCAACAGCGAAAACGUACGCGCGCGCACACGCAUCGUCCCUUCUCGGCAGGGCAGCGCAGCGUACCAAACAAGCCGAAAAAUCGUGUCGUGUUCUGCCCCAUUCCGGAACGCGUGACCAACAACGCGUCUGCAAACAGCGGCAGCACCAGCUCGGGAAGGAGAGCUGCACGGCCAAUACAACCAGCGCCAGGCCCGAAAGGUAUAUAUUAAUCAUCGGCACACACACACACGCGGCUGCGGUUGCUGCUGCACACAUAUCGUACGAUUGGACCGUACCGUAUCUGCGCUUGGGUGUGAUAGUGUCGUGCACCAGCCGGACGGGCUUUAUUCAUCCAUCAUCAAGCGCGAGCCGCGUACGGCGCAGAUACGCAGCCAGACAGCGACGAUUCAGCAGAUGCUCCACUGGUCGCGUCAGUAGAGGAAAAACAAAGCAAACAGAGGGACGACAUCCCAAAAAGGUCGAUACCGAGGGGCAGCAAUGGCACCGGAUGCGAACGGGACGGCACUGUACGGCAGCAGCAACAACAACAACCACCAUCACCACCACCAUCACGAGCAGAAGCUGGUGCAGCAGCGCCCAUCCGCCACGAUGAACGGGUCCGCGAAGGCGGCCAACGGUGGGGCGCCCCAGCCCCAGCAGCACAGCAAGGCAUCGUCGCCGCCGGCGGACGAGGAUCGGUCCGCCCGGCAAUCGCUCAUCAUUCUCGCGGCCAUCUUCUUCACCAGCCUGUUCGCGAUGGUGUACGUGUACGCGAUGUUUCCCCAGCUGGAAGAGUCGGAAAAGCAAUAUCUGAAGGUGCCGUUCGAUAUCGAGGACGCGAAGCAGCUCGGCCGGGUGCUCGACCGCUACAAAGACCUGUACAAUCUGGAGGUGAUGUUCGGCAUCAUACUGGUGUACAUAUUUCUGCAAACGUUUGCCAUUCCCGGUUCGCUGUUCCUCUCGAUACUGAGCGGCUUCCUGUACAGCUUCCCGGUCGCCCUCACGCUCGUCUGCUUCUGUUCCGCGCUGGGCGCCACGCUGUGCUACCUGCUCUCGCAGCUGGUGGGCCGCCGGCUGGUCAAGUACUACUUUCCCGAGCGGGCCCACCACUGGGCGAAGCAGGUCGACCGGCACCGGGACGAUCUGCUCAGCUACAUGCUGUUCCUGCGCAUGACGCCGUUCCUGCCGAACUGGUUCAUCAACCUAGUCGCGCCGGUCAUCGGCGUACCGCUCUACCCGUUCGCGCUCGGCACCUUCCUCGGCGUCGCGCCGCCCUCGUUCAUCGCGAUCCAGGCGGGCAAGACGCUGUACAAGAUGACCAGCUCGAGCGACGCGUUCAGCUGGGGCUCGAUCGCGAUGCUGGCCGCCUUCUCCGUCGUCGCGCUCGUGCCAGUGAUCUUCAAGCGCUACUUUAAGGCCAAGAUCGACUAAAUCGGCACACACACACGCAUACAUACUAAACUCUUGCCCGAUGUGUCGUCUGGGUGUGUGCGAAAGCGCGAAUAAUUUAGCCGAUAGCUUAAAUAAUCUAGCCAAAGAGUAAAUCAAGCAAGCGAGAGGAGGGAAACACACACACACCCAAAAGGAAAUAAGUUAGACGUAAGAGCGCAACUGAGAUGAAUAUUCCUAUUAAGGUAAUUAGGGAGGACAAGGAAGAAGAAACAAAACAACAACACUUUCGCAAGUUACAUCGCACACCGAUCUUCUUGAUCCGGGAAAGGAGCUCGGGAAGAGAGGAUCAUCGAUAUGGAGGAACACGCAAAAAACAGCGAAACAGUAGACAGUGCGCGGCUGUACGGACGAGUAGGAAAGUAGUUAGAAGAGUUAGACACAGCUACAUAAAAAAAACAUACAAACCAAACGAAAAGCGCUUAGCCAUUUGGCAAGGCAGUAGUCUUGUUUGCCACUGGGCGAGCAAACCUUAAGGCCCAUCUCCCUCAAGACACUUUUUGGGUUUGUUUUUUUAAAUGUUUUUUUUUUUACACCGGCCAGACAGCAAUAGGGUUACAAACCACACGCAGAAGAAAACGGAAAAAAGGCCAUCAUCAGUCUCGAAGCGUGUUAAAUUAUUAGUGUUAUUUAAAAUUGUUUGUAAAAAGGGUAAACAAAAUGAACCGAAUACGAUCGUACUGCAACUAAAACUAUUUGUCCCAACAAACCAACUCCCGAAAUCGUGUAACUGAUUUAUCAGAGUGUGCGUGUAGGUACGUUUGUAUGUGUUUUGUGUGUAUGUGUAGUUUUGAUUUGUUUUAUAUUGUGAUGUAAGCAUUAUCCUAAAGAUAAAAAAUGGGCGAAAAGGCGACACACACACACACGCGCGCGCGAGCACUUGUCCUAAAGAUGAAGAAUUGUGUAUUGAGCGCGAAUGUUAGCGUGGGUAAGAAAGAUAGGGAUUAUGGUUAAGAUGCGUCAAAAAGGGUUAUAAUGGUACGCACGCAAUGCAAGGAAAAGGGAAUGGUUUUAUUUUCGUAGUACGGUACGCGUUUUGUGUAGAAUGAGUUGCGCGAAAAAAAAACAAUACGCCAACAAAAUAGCUAAUUUUGCAUCAAAUCAAGUGCAUCAGAGUAAGAUAAAUUGGAGCUGCAUAAGUGCAUAGUCAGUGUGUGUGUGUGUUUGUGUGGAAAGAGGGAUAGAGCUAGUAGAAAGGAAGAAAGCGUGCACACGUCUAUUGGGGAAGCUUUCGUAGUCAUCAGCGAUAGGCAAACGCAUCCGGGACUGGGAAGGCGAGAAAAUGAUAAUUUAUUGCAGCAACAAAAAGAAGAAAAAAUAGCAACACGCUUGCAAAUUGCGCAUCAUUUCGACGCAAACCAGGCAAAUUAUGCCUAGCGAGCAUCGAAGGAUAUAUUUCAAAGGUAUUAUGUGUGGUAUUGCUUUUCCCUGUAAAAUGUACGCGAUCGGCGCAAUAAAUGAGUAACCCCGGACCAAGCAGGCAGAGAACGCUAAAAACCAA